UUCACAUUUAGCAAAUCAUAUUUUGUAUAAUGCAUAUCACCAUUGUUAUGGAUGAUUAUGAAUUUUCCAUGGAAAUAAACCCUCAAGAACCAAUUCUCCAAACAAAACAAAAAAUACAAAACUUCCUAGGUGUACCAAUAUCUUCACAAACUCUUUCAUUUUUGGGGUUUGAAUUAUUGGAUGGAUUCAACAUUCAAGAAUAUCCAAUAAUAACUCAAGGUACAAAAAUCCAAUUAACCAUCCAAAAUAUUAUUGGAGAAACAUCAUUACAACAAAAUAAUAUUCUUUUUUCUUCAAAAUUCCAAAUUAUAGUCAAAAUGUCAUCAAGAAAAUUAAACAUAGAUAUCGACAAUACCGAAACUGUCCAAAGCCUAAAAGAAAAAAUCCACAUAAUCGAUGGGACCCCGAUAAGAAGAAUGUCUCUUUUCUUUUCUGGAAACGAAUUAAAUGAUGAAUAUCAAAGUUUAAUCGAAUAUGGGGUUCAAGAAUUUUCAGAAAUUAUUGUUUUUUUAAAGACUAUGUCACGUAUGGUCACUGAGACACCUUCAAGAGGAAUUAGCUUAGUGGUGCAGACAUCAUCUAGUUUGCUUAAUUCAGCAAAAAUUCCAAUUGAGAUGAGUGAUUUGGGCACGGUAAAUAAUUUGAGACAACUAUUAUUAGAUCGAAAAAUUCUUCCAAUGGAUGAAUAUAUUUUUAUUCAUAAACAAAGGAUUAUGAGGGAUAACUCUAGUCUUCGUUGGCAUGGUGUUGAAAAUGGGGAUUUUGUUUAUGUUUUUAAAGGGUCUGUUAGUAGAGAAGGACAUUGA